AGAGCCACCGACGCCACAUUCUUCCCUUCUAAGGCAAGCGGGAGGAGGAGCCGCUUGCUCUGGCUGCCUCAUCCCUCUCCGGCGCCCGCAUCCUCCGGCUCUGCUGCAGCGCGCCCGGGUGGGGGAAGAGGUCUGGUUUAGAUGCCUUGAAUCCAUCUUACCCUUUCAUGUAGAGAACACACUGUGAAAUGGAAGAAAGCUGAAAACCACCAGGUUCUGUCUUUGUUUGGACGUCUGAAAGAGUUCAAUGUGGUCUUCACAGUGAAAGCCCCCCCCCCCAAUCUAGUUGCCGUGAUGAGUUCAGAGGAGAAGGGUGUAUCUCCUGCUCACAGAACCUCUACAGUGUCUCAUAAAAGUGCCUCUACUUCAUCCUCGUCCCAGCGGGAGAGUAGGCAGAGUGGCCAUGUCUUAGAGCGGAAUAUGUCCACUGGAAGCACAGACCCUUUGACGGGCAAACAGUUGCUAGAGAAUGAGCCUGCCACUAUAACUAAAGAACCAGACAGCUGGGAGAUCAUCGAGGGCCUGAAAAUUGGCCAGACGAAUGUCCAGAAGCCAGACAAACAUGAGGGAUUCAUGCUGAAGAAAAGGAAAUGGCCUUUGAAAGGCUGGCACAAGCGCUUUUUUGUCCUGGAUAACGGAAUGUUGAAAUACUCAAAAUCGCCAAUUGACACUCAGAAAGGGAAAGUCCAUGGGAGCAUAGAUGUUGGGUUGUCGGUUAUGUCGAUUAAAAAGAAAGCUCGCAGGAUAGAUCUCGAUACCGAAGAGCACAUCUACCACUUGAAAGUAAAAUCCCAGGAUUCAUUUGAUGCUUGGGUAUCAAAGCUGCGACACCACAGACUGUAUCGUCAGAAUGAGAUUGUACGAUCACCACGAGAUGCCAACUUCCACAUAUUCCCGUCUACAUCAACCACUGAGUCUUCACCUGCUGCUAAUGUCACUGUAUUGGAGGCAAAGGUACCACAGAAUAGCUUCCCAUGGCAGCCAUCCAUCCCUUGCAGUAGCAGUCUUCCUGCAACGUGUACCACUGGGCAAAGUAAAGUCGUCGCUUGGCUGCAGAACUCUGAGGAGAUGGACAGGUGUGCAGAAGAUCUCUCGCACUGCCAGUCAAACCUUGUGGAACUCAGUAAAAUUCUUCAAAACUUAGAAAUACUACAGAGAACUCAGUCAGCCCCGAACUUCACAGAUAUACAGGAAGGGACAGCGCUGAAGGGCCAGUUCAGCACUGCACGGCGUCGACAGAGACUAGCAGCAGCCGUGGCUACAACAGUUCCUUUCAGUGCUACAAUGUCUCCUGUUCGCCUGCAUUCCUCCAAUCCUAACCUUUGUGCAGACAUCGAAUUUCAGACUCCUCCAAGCCAUGUAUCUGACCCGCUGGAAAGCUCCAUGGACUACAUAAAACUGCAAGAAGAGUUUUGUCUCAUGGCACAGAAAGUGCACUCUCUUCUGAAGUCUGCCUUCAACAGCAUAGCGAUAGAGAAGGAGAAACUUAAGCAGAUGGUUUCGGAACAAGAUUUCACAGGACACAACACGCAGCUCACGCGUCUCAGACAAUCCCUUUCUCAGGCUCUCAACCAGAAUGCUGAACUAAGGAGUCGCUUGAACAGAAUACAUUCAGAGUCUGUUAUUUGUGAUCAGGUUGUCAGUGUAAAUAUUAUCCCUAGUCCUGAUGAGGCUGGCGAACAAAUCCAUGUCAGUCUGCCACUCUCCCAGCAAGUUUCUAAUGAGAGCAGGCUUUCGAUGUCAGAAUCGGUCUCUGAAUUCUUUGACGCGCAAGAGGUGCUUCUGUCAGCAAGCUCCUCAGAAAAUGAGGCUUCUGACGAUGAAUCGUACAUCAGUGAUGUGAGUGAUAACAUAUCUGAGGACAACACCAGUGUAGCAGACAACAUUUCUCGGCAAAUACUUAACGGUGAGCUGACGGGAGGCGCUUUCAGAAACGGACGACGGACGUGUCUUCCGAGCCCCUGCCCUGAUACUAGUAACAUCAAUCUGUGGAACAUUUUGAGAAAUAAUAUUGGGAAGGAUCUCUCCAAAGUAUCCAUGCCUGUAGAGCUCAACGAACCGCUAAACACUUUGCAGCACCUUUGUGAAGAGCUGGAAUAUAGCGAACUCUUGGACAAGGCUGCCGAGUGUGAUGACCUCUACGAACGCAUGGUCCUGGUCGCCGCCUUUGCAGCCUCGGGCUAUGCCUCCACAUACUACCGAGCAGGAAGCAAGCCUUUCAAUCCUGUGCUGGGGGAGACUUACGAGACGAUUCGGGAAGACAAAGGAUUUAGAUUUUUCGCGGAGCAGGUUAGCCACCACCCACCCAUUUCGGCCUGUCACUGUGAAUCAAAGAAUUUUGUGUUUUGGCAAGACAUUAGGUGGAAAAACAAGUUUUGGGGCAAAUCAAUGGAAAUCCUGCCCAUCGGAACACUGAAUGUGAUUCUUCCAAAGUAUGGGGAUUGUUACGUAUGGAACAAAGUGACCACUUGCAUACACAACAUCCUUAGCGGAAGGAGAUGGAUAGAGCAUUAUGGAGAAAUAACCAUUAGAAACACAAAAAGUAGUGCCUGCAUUUGUAAACUCACCUUUGUCAAGGUGAAUUAUUGGAAUUCUAAUGUAAAUGAAGUUCAGGGUGUCAUUAUGGACCAAGAAGGGAAAGUGGUGCAUCGCCUCUUUGGAAAGUGGCACGAAGGAUUGUACUGUGGAGUUGGGCCUUCAGCAAAAUGUAUAUGGAGGCCAGGCUCCAUGCCAACCAAUUAUGAGCGUUAUUAUGGCUUUACAAGGUUUGCCAUUGAGUUGAACGAGUUGGAUCCUGCGCUCAAAGACCUUCUUCCAAAAACCGAUGCACGAUUCCGGCCAGAUCAAAGGUUUUUGGAGGAAGGGAAUUUAGAAGCGGCAGCGGCAGAAAAACAAAGGAUAGAAGAUCUCCAGAGAACUCGAAGGCGCUACUUAGAAGAAAACAAUAUGGAACAUGUACCAAAAUUUUUUAAAAAAGUUGUUGAUGCCAAUCAAAGAGAAGCUUGGGUUUCUAAUGACUCAUACUGGGAACUCCGAAAAGAUCCUGGCUUCAGUAAAAUAGAAACCCUCAUACUCUGAUUGAGUUCUUCUCUACCCUGAGACUCUUCCCUCUCCUGAAAGCUUCAGGAUAACCUCAAGAAGAUAUAAUUUGUAUCAUUUGCUUCCUUGUUAAAAUGAUUUUAAUUCACUGGAAGGCACGUCCUAACUAGUUCCGUCCCCCAUUUCUCAGCCGCAAGGAGACAUUACAAACCUGUAGCCCAGCCGAGCUCUUACUACGUUCUAGUGUGUCAAUGGAAUUCUUCCUCCUGUGUAGUCACACAAAACAUUUAAGAGUUCCUUUUAUCUUACAUUCUCUCCUGCCCUUUCCUGUAUUAGCUAUAUCACAAAAAUGUCAGAAUUUGGGACCACACUAAAGAUUUGGGGGCAAACUUCUAGGUGUGGGGGCUUUCAAGAUUGUGGGGAAAGUCUAGAAAGCCUCCCCUGCUGCUGAGACUUGCUAGUCCAACACCAGGGGGCAGAGAGCUGCCCUAUCCCUUCUGCUUGGCUUGGAACUGGUGAGUCACAGGAUUCCAUCACCACCUUUGCUGGACGAAGGCAUGGUGUUUUGACACGAGUUGAGGCAACAUGAUUUUUAAAUAAGGUUUUUUGGCCUUCUGUAACAGUUCCCCAAUAGGAUAUAAAAAUGAGGAAGGCUGAGGCUGGGUUCAUUAUGAAAUCGUGGGAAAUCCAAGGGAAUGGAGUUAAGCCUUUGCAGAUUCAUUUACAACAAAUACAGUGCUCACAAAGAAGGUCAAGAGGAUGCAGGACAGCACUUCUGAAUGGUGCUCAGAGCUACAUAUAAAUGAGGUGAAGACUGUACUUUCCUUUAUGACUCAGUACUGCCAGGUUAAUACAGUUCCUGUUAGACUUCAGUGGGAAAAUCUGAGUGCAAUUAAAACCAAUUGGUUGGUUUUUUUACUAUUCAGUGGGUGGUCAACUGUACCCUUCAUUCUUUUGUCAGUCAUUCCUGUUGACAAAAUUCCUGGUUCCCACCAAAUCCCGACUGAAUGACUUCCCUGUAAAAUAACAUUUCAUUGUCAAGAUUUUAGUUGCUUUACCAUAAAAUUGUUAUGGCAGAAGGUAUCAGUAAUAAGCCUUA